CGGUCUUUCUCGGUGAGGAGUUUUCCGGAACCGAAUGCUCGGGAUUUUGCUCGGCGAGACUACCUUGGACAGUCACAGUCUAUCCGCUCUGUCCUUUACCCGAGAGUUAGCUGUCAACUACGGUUGAGCCUCGUAAGCCCAGAACUGCUCAAGUAUCUAGUUGUUUCACCUCCGAUAUGGGAGGGUGGCCACUAG